AAGAAGAGGAAUUAAGAAACCCUCUUAAGGCUGUUGUGAGUCUCUGUAAAAAGGGUUGAGGGCAGAGAAAGCAAAAGAGAGAAUAGUGGGAAGGUUACAAGAAAGUUUAAAUUGUUAAAAGCAGAAAAGGGGCGUGCGUGCAUGCAGACAAGGGAGAAUGAUUUUUCCUUUUAUUCGUUUGUUGCAGUAGAGAUUAGAGAAUAGAAAGAGAGAGAGAUUAAUAAUAAGAGUUAAGGCAUCCAUGGUGGAUCUAGUCAACCCUGUUUGACCGAGUGGCUCUCCUUCGUAAAUACGCCAACUUUACAGGAAAUCCCUGAGAGUACUAAUGGCGUAAUGGGUUGCUGAUAGCGUAAAUAAGCUCAUCUGGGCUCUUUGGAGAGUCUGAGAGACGAGCGAGCUUUCCUCUUCUUUCCUUUAUUUUUUAAUUUUUUUUUAAAUAAUAUUAUAUUUUAUAUAAUACAUAUAUAUAGAGAGAGAGACCUACCAGACGGGCUGUGGCUUUGAUUUGCUUUUCACUUCUGUUAGCCUGAAAAGAUAAUGAGAACAACCGCCAGAAGGGGAUUCACUUCUCAUAGAGAUAGAACCCAUCCUUGGAAGGAAGGGAGAGUGAAUAGAAAGCGAUGCUUCUCUGGAGGAGACGUUUCGAUUCUUCAUAAAAAGAAGAUCAAAACGACCAAGACUACGUUUGAUUCUCGUGGGAAGUCUGAUUUUUUCGAUGGAUUGCCAGAUGAUCUUAUUGUUUGCAUUCUCUGCAAACUUAGUUCUUCCGCUGCUUCUCCUUCUGAUUUCAUCAACCUUCUCAUUACAUGCAAGAGACUGAACAGUCUAGCUCUCCAUCCUCUGGUGUUAUCAAAAGCCUCUCCUAAAGCUUUUGCCAUUAAAGGGAAGAACUGGUCUGAAUCUGCACAUCGUUUCUUGAAGCAAUGUGCUGAUGCAGGGAACGUUGAAGCAUGUUAUACUCUUGGCAUGAUCCGAUUUUACUGUUUACAGAACAGAGGAAGCGGAGCAGCCCUAAUGGCAAAGGCAGCAAUAAAUUCUCACGCUUCGGCUCUUUACUCACUUGCAGUGAUUCAGUUCAACGGGAGUGGUGGCUCAAAGAACGACAAGGAUUUAAGAGCUGGUGUCGCUCUCUGCGCCAGAGCUGCCUUCCUCGGCCACAUCGAUGCACUCCGUGAGCUAGGCCACUGCCUUCAGGAUGGUUAUGGCAUCCGUCAGAACAUCUCCGAGGGACGCCGAUUCCUCGUCCAAGCAAACGCCCGAGAACUCGCUUCCGUCCUCUGCUCCACCACCAGCUCCAGGCCGUGGCUAACGUGGCACCCUAACCAGAACCACCAUCAUCUCCAAUUCCGGCAAGUGAUGGGUGGUGGUGGUGGUGGUGGUUCAGGUGGGUGUCCAUUACUUAGCGAUUUCGGGUGUAACGUGCCGGCACCGGAGGCGCACCCGGCGAACCAAUUUCUUGCAGAGUGGUUUGGGAUUCGAGGAGGUUUUCCUGGGAAUGAGUUGAGGCUUUGCUCCCACUCCGGAUGUGGACGGCCGGAGACAAGGCGACACGAAUUCCGGCGUUGCUCUGUCUGUGGAGCCGUAAACUAUUGUUCUCGCGCUUGUCAGGCGCUCGAUUGGAAGUUGCGUCAUAAGUUAGAGUGCGCACCCAUGGAGCGAUGGCUUGCUGGAGAUGCCGACGGCGACGUUGAAGGUGACGCUGAUGAUAGGAUGGUCGGCGUGCAAGGAGACGAUGACCAUGCCCUUAUUGGGAGUUAGCGGUAACGAUGCUGUAACCUGUAACAACUCUCCUCCUUAACUGAAAAGUUAGUUUUGUGGUUCAGAGUAAUUCUCUUUGGUUUUGUAUAGUAGAAGAGAGAACAUACUUCUUUUUUGUGUACCAUAAAUAGAUCAUCGGCUGCAAUGAAAAAAAAAAAAAACAAAAUCUGAAGAGAAUUUUUUUCCCUUUUC